UCCAUUCACAUAAUUUAUAUACUACAACAAUGAAAGUUAUUAACAUCACACGUUUCAUAGUACCUUUUCUUCUUGUCACAUUAUUAACAACGACAUUUUUCCUCGUAAAAGCUCAAGACGUUGCUGAACCGGUACUCGAUGUUUCCGGUAAUGCUGUCCGUAGAGGAGUGAAUUAUUACAUCCUUCCAGCGGAUCGGGGCAACGGUGGUGGACUUCAAGUUGCAUCCAUUAGGAACCGGACCAACCCGCUGGUCGUAAGCCAAAACGCCGAUGAAUCUGUAAUCGGCGUUAACGUUCAAUUUUCACCAGUGGAUCCUAAAGAAAAUACCGUUAGAUUAUCGAUUGAUAUGAACGUAAAAUUUACGUCUAUGGUAAUAUCUGAUUCUUCCACAGUAUGGAGAAUUAAUACUGAAUUAAUUCCAGAACGUUAUUUGGUUACAAUUGGCGGAGUAGAAGGAAAUCCUGGUCGUGAAACUUUAGGGAAUUGGUUUAAUAUUGACAAGUACGAGGAUGCUUACAAACUUGUGUAUUGUCCUGUUGUUUGUGAGAUAUGUAGACCGUUUUGUGGAGAAAUAGGUAUACUUGAGGAAAAUGGAAAAAGGGUUUUGUUUGUUGGUAGAGAUCCACCUCUCAAAGUUACAUUUCAUAAGGUCUAGAAUUAUUAAUAUUUUAUACUAUGGUACUAAGUAUAUAUAAUAUGUGUGUGAUUUCACUGUAUAUAGUUUGUAUCAGUGAAGAAAUAAGGAAGAGUAUGUCUUCUAGUAGUGUUGAUAAUGUAAUGGAGUAAUAAAGAUUGCUAUGACUUUUAUUCGUGAAAUUACUGUUAUAUAUAGUGUAUAAUACGUUAUACAUGCACUAUAAAUACAUAUAAAAAUAAGAUAUGAAAUCCCAUUUAAG